AUGAAAAUUGCGAAGAAUCACCAAAUGAGAAAGAAGUACACGGUCCAGCUUGGCGAGAACGAGCUCGUCCUUAAGGAACUUGAUUUGUUGAGAGAAGACGCAAAUGUUUAUAAGUUGAUUGGGCCAGUACUUGUUAAGCAAGAUUUGGCCGAGGCCAAUGCAAAUGUCGGCAAGAGAAUCGAAUACAUCUCUGCAGAAUUGAAGCGUCUUGAUGCCACUGUUCAAGAUUUGGAAGAGAAGCAAAAUAGCAAGAAAGAAACGAUACUAAAAUUGCAACAAAGGAUUCAAUCUCUUCAGGCUGGGAAAGGAAAGGCAUAG